AUGCGGCAGGAGCAAGCGAUGCCGAGCGGCCGGAGGAGGCAGCAGCGGCAGCACCGCGUGGGCCGCAGUGACAAGGGACACAAGCGCCAGUGCCCUGACCCAGCUGGGGGCCGUCACCGCUGGGCCAGGGCCUCUGCCUUCCCUGGGGUAGCGGGAUCGCUGGGGCUGGCCGGGGACGCCAAGGAACAUUAUCAUUGCCUUCUCAGAGGUGGCCUCAGCAACAUGUUGUUUCAGUGCUCGCUACCUGACACCACUGAGACGGUUGCAGAUGAACCACGAAAAGUUCUCCUGCGCUUAUACGGUGCAAUCCUGCAGAUGAGGUCCUGUAAUAAAGGAGGGUCUGUACAAUCUCAGAAGGAAAAUGACUUGCAAGGAGCAGAAGCCAUGGUUCUGGAAAGUGUUAUGUUUGCCAUUCUUGCAGAAAGAGCUCUUGGCCCAAAGCUGUAUGGAAUCUUUCCACAGGGGCGACUGGAAGAGUUCAUUCCCAGCAGAAAAUUAAGUACAGAAGAACUCAGUUUACCUGACAUAUCUGCUGAAAUAGCUGAGAAGAUGGCUAGAUUUCAUGGCAUGAAAAUGCCAUUUAAUAAAGAACCUAAAUGGCUUUUUGGAACAAUGGAAAAAUACCUAAAUCAAGUGCUGAGGAUUAAGUUUACCAAGGAAUCUAAAACUAGAAAACUGAACAAACUUCUCAGUUACAAUCUGCCGCAGGAAAUGAAAAAUCUAAGAGCUAUGCUUGAAGCUACUUCAUCGCCAGUUGUAUUUUGCCACAAUGACUGUCAAGAAGGUAAUGUCUUGCUUCUGGAGGGCAGAGAGAAUUUGGAAAAACAAAAGCUGAUGCUUAUUGACUUUGAAUACAGCAGCUAUAAUUACCGAGGAUUUGACAUUGGAAAUCACUUCUGUGAAUGGAUGUAUGAUUAUACAUAUGAGAAGUACCCAUUCUUCAAAGCUAGCUUUCUUAAGUAUCCUUCAAAGAAGCAACAG